CUGUUCUAUAUUUAGUGAUUCAGAACAGACCAUCAAGAGGAUCCACUUUUUCUUUGGCUCAUUGGAGGCCUUGGCAGUUCUUCCUCCACUGAACUUGUUUAUGAAGUUUGUAUGCUUCUCGUCUUCUGUCUCCCCCCUCUGUAUUAUUUUGCCCAUAUUAUUGCAGGAAUAGUACAUCAAUUUCAGCGGUGUCAUAAAAACUACUAGUUCUUAAAGCUCCUUAUCAGGCUUUGCCGUAAACCAUUGCCAGAUUUGUCCAAUUGCCAGCCCUUCUGAAUUAUCACAAUUCAUAUUAUGUGUUAAGGACCCAAAAUCAGAAGAACAAAGCCUACGAGUUCUUCAAGGAUCAAUCAGGAGGAGAAAAGUUGGGUUCUUCAGUGUUACAGAAGACAGAACUUAUGAGAUCCUAAAAGUUACAACUCCCAGUGGUUCAAUGGUGCCGGUGAAGGAAAACAGCGGAAAGGCUCUGAAAAGAAAGAGAUAAGGGAGGUUGCCAAUGGAAUUCGCAAUGAGAACUAUUCGAACAUAGAUCUGGCGAAUUCAGGAUAUAAAACUGCUCCCAGUCACAUAAGAAAGGUGCACGUCCCCCGGUUCUGGAAUACUUGCUAAAGCAAUGCCGCCAUUGCUGGACAAUUGGGUUCAUCAUCGUCUUCUCACAUGAUGAACUGGGUCAUUCCAAACACGCGUCGAUCCAUGAUUGGUGUUCUCUUUGCAAUCCGUGUCCUCUGGGCAGGUAAAUUCCUGGAAACAGGGGAAGCAGGGAGAGGUCUCCCCCAUGAAAUGUUAUGGUUUGAACCGAAACCGAAAUUAACCAACCUGGCCAUGGCCAUGGCCCUGGCCCGACGGCCGCCAGCUCCUCGCUUUCUUUCUCUCUCUGGCCAUUUUUGUUUGGCUUUAUUUUGUUUGCUUUGUCUUUAUGCUUUUCUAAUUUGACUUGGAAGUUGCGUUUCGAAAUUGACACCAACUCGUCCGGCUCGAUCCCAUAGGAGAGGGCUUUUCUUGGGUAUAAACUAUGAACAAGUUGACAAGGUUGAAGCUGUGGCGGGCUUGCUUAAGAUGUGAAACGAAUUUUUCCAUCAGGAUGACUGGUCAGGUAAAAUGGAGGAGGACCCAAUUUAAAACUGAUUUCAAAGCUGCUUUAGUUGCCAUCCAUUUUGACUCGGCCGCGUAGCCUUUGGAUUACUUAAUGGAAUUUAGUUUGAGACCAAACAAACGUUGAACAGUUUGUCUGUGUUCUUUAUUGAGCGGCAAAGGUUAAGUAAAAUCCCAAGAGUGCCCGUCCAUUUGAAUGAUAAAUUUGGGGAAAAGCCAAUAGUGAAAAGAAGACGAUCCAGGACUUGAAUCGCCGGUAUAAAAGGCAACCAAAAUAUCAGAAUCUGAACCCCAAACCCAAAAAAUCUCUGAGGCGAUGGCCAAUCUUCCUGAAGAGAUUGUGGCCGAAAUUCUCUCGAGGUUGCCGGUGAGCUCCCUCUGCCGGUUCCGGUGCGUGUCCAAGUCAUGGCGGUCUCUGAUAUCCGAGCCCAACUUCAUAAGACUACACCUCAAUCACAACACCACCACCACCGACCACCACCGCCUGAUUCUCAUCUCGGAUUUCUACAAGCUGUACUCCGUCGACCUCCAUUCGCCGGAAUUCACCCAGGAUUCGAUCGCGAUUUACCUCAAGUUCCCACCCGACCGAAACCCUAAUCGCUUCGGCCAGAUUUGCGGUUCCUGCGACGGCCUCCUGCUGAUGCGCGAUUACAUCUCUUACUUUCUGCUGAACCCGUCUACGAGAGAGUCGAAGGAGGUGCCCAACUCCCCCUUCUCGGUUAAGUCCGGGUAUUCUUUCAAUCUCAACGGGUUUGGCCAUGAUUCCUCCAAGGAUGAUUACAAGGUUGUGAGAAUUUCUCAUUGUGAUUGUGCCGCCGAUUGUGCUGAGAACAUUGUCAGCGUGUUUUCCCUGAGGACCAAUACUUGGAGAAGGAUUGAGGAUUCUCCGUACGACCACUCCUUCCACGAGCGUUUGCCUGGGGUUUUUGUCAGUGGGGCUGUCCACUGGCUAGCUUGUACCACCGGCGUGGGGUCCAAUGAUUCGACUGUUAUUGCAUCGCUUGAUUUGGCUAAGGAAAAAUUUCAGAGUGUGCCCUGCCCUGGCUCUGCUGGUGAUAUCCUAAUAGAAGAGCUUGGUGUUCUUGGAGGGUGUCUGUGUGCUUUGGGUUUUUGCCAUAGCGGUUGCCAGGAUGUGUGGGUGAUGAAGAAGUACGGUGUGAGGGAUUCCUGGACCAAAUUCACAAUCAAUUAUGGUAAUUUCCCGUUUUGGAACCCUUUGUGUUUUUCAAGGACUGGCCAAGUUUUGCUGGAGAGUGGGCAUAGUUUGGUCAUCUUCGAUCAGGAGGAGAAAACAUUCAAGGAGCUAAAGGUGAAAGGCCGUCCGGCGCAAUUUAAAGCAGGUGUUUAUGUGGAGAGCCUCGUCCAAUUGCAGCAGUAUGAUAAAGGGGCAUUGCCAAGCACCAUAUAGAAAGAUUAUGGUAACUCCAAGCUUGCAGAUACCCAAAGCCUUAACAUGAAGAAGAUCAAUCUUUAUGGAAGAUGUUGGCAACCUGGUAUGCUUGUUCUUUUGUAUUCAUGACCUUACAUUUGUUAUGGAAGAUGUUGUCAACCUUUUAAGUUGUUCUUACAAUUCGGUUUAUAAAGAGAUUAAUUUGAACAUGAAACUUAUCCAUACCUAUGCCAAAUUUGACAGUAACUGCUGUGCUGGUUUGUUGUCCAAGAUUUAUUUACUUCUUUGUCUUCUUCUUUCUUCAUUUUUGGGACAAAUUCCAUUUUGCCCUCCGGCUGUGCAGUUUACACUUAAUUUUUUGGGGGGGGCAAUGGUGUAUUUUCCACAUUCAAGGUGGUCCCACGUAUAUUUAUAAAUUGUAUGUUGAAGACUUGCUUGCAGGGCCUAUGUGAAUUGAACCUCAGUAGCUUCACUUCAUAUUCCAAUUCCAUGAAAAACUUAUUGUAAUUAAAUAAGAGAUAAGGCUAGGGACCAAAAUGUAAUCUUAUAUUUAAAUGUUAUUUGAACAUUAAGUUUGACACU